GGGUGACAGAGUGUCUGUUGGUCCUCAGGUUCCGAAGCCUGCGCCCAAGGACCCAGCUCGACCUUGGCACCGAGGAGAAGGCCGCUGGGAAGGGCCCCCUGGAGACAUGCAGAGUCUGACACAGCAGCUGCACGCGGGGCUGAUGCAGCCCGAGAUGACCCAGCUGCUGCUGCCACCCUACGAGACCACGGCGCCCUACGACAGCAGGGUGUCCUACGACCCCAGUGUGUCCUACGACACUACGGUGCCCUACACCACCACGGUUCCCUACGAUACCAGGGCCUGGGACCGGCAGGGCGCCUACCUGCAGGACUGGGUGGCUGUGAGCAUGCCCGCUGGCACCAAUGACCAGAAAGACCCGACUCCUCAAGAGACCAAGCAGCCCCAGGAGUGGAAAGCCGUGGAAAACGAGCCGGAGGAACCCCAGGGCACCCUGGAGUGGCCGCGACCCCCUCAGCAGACCACCCUGCUCCUGAUCGUGUGUGGGCUCUUCCUGUUCCUGGUCUUAACCGGGAUGCCCGCCGCCUUCUACAUCUGAGCCGAGAGAGAGAGAGAUGGAGGGAAGGAGGGAGGGAGGGAGAGAGAGAGA